AUGUCUAUAAUCCACUCUAAUCUCUUCUUAGAAGGAAAUGGACUGACCACAAAUGAUGAUAACAGAACUGAAGUUGCUGACUUUCUCCUUAUGGGAUUUGCAGACUCCUGGCAGAUGCAGAUUGUACAUGCUAUUGUAUUUUUACUAGUUUACCUGGCAGCUCUCACAGGGAAUCUCCUAAUCAUCAUGGUCACCACUCUGGAUGUUCACCUCCAAACUCCAAUGUAUUUCUUUUUGAGAAACUUGUCUUUCUUAGAUUUUUGCUACAUCUCUGUCACAGUUCCCAAAUCUAUUGUCAGUUCCUUGACUCAUGACACCUCCAUUUCUUUCUUUGGGUGUGCUCUGCAAGCCUUCUUUUUCAUGGACUUGGCAACUACUGAGGUAGCCACACUUACAGUGAUGUCCUAUGACCGUUAUGUGGCCAUCUGCCAGCCCUUACGUUAUGAAGUCAUCAUAAAUCUGAGGGCUUGUGUGAAGAUGAUGGCCAUGGCAUGGCUCAGCGGAGUGAUAUGUGGACUCAUGCAUGUGACAGCAACAUUCUCAUUACCAUUCUGUGGGCCUAAUAGAGUACAUCAAUUUUUCUGUGAUAUUCCACAGCUCCUGAGCCUGGUGGACUCCAAUGUAAUUAUUAUUGAGAUUGGAGUCAUGGUUUUUGUUACAAGUCUUGUGAUAAUCUGCUUUGUUUCAAUUACUCUCUCUUACAUGUACAUUUUUUCUGUCAUCAUGAGGAUUCCAUCUAAGGAAGGUAGAUCAAAAACAUUUUCUACCUGCAUUCCACACCUUGUGGUUGUAGCACUCUUUAUGAUAUCUGGUAGCAUCGCCUAUGUUAAGCCAAUUUCAAAUUCCCCUUCAGUUUUGGAUGUUCUCCUGUCAGUGUUCUACACAGUGGUUCCCCCGACCCUGAACCCCAUCAUCUACAGUCUGAGGAAUAAGGACAUGAAGGCAGCCCUGAGAAGGCAGUGUGGAUGCUGA